AGCCUAAAGAUGCAUGUUGAGACGCUCUGCUUGUGCCUUUAACCUUUUCAUGCUCUUGCUUUUGCUUAUACCUUGCAGGAGCAAGGUAACCAAAAGUCUGAGUCAGCCAAAGCGGCAGGCCCUUUGUAGAAUCUAGAUAGAUAAGCUAGGCUAACGCUUGGACGCGACUUUAUUUCUAUAAAUACGUCCAACUGUCUUCACCGACUUGAUGCUCCCACACAAUGGAUAGUUGGAAUCUCACACUGUUUUCUUUUGUUCUUCUUCUCUUGAGUUUCUGCACUUCAACUGUAACAGCCACGUCUUCACAUGUGACAUUAAAUCAAGCGAAUCCGAUCCAAGAUACUGCUUGUUUGUUUAUAAAGUGUGGGCAAGGAACAUGUAAGGCCUCCAAUUCACUGCUUGGGUUUGACUGCGAAUGCCUUCCUGGUUGGAGAAAGAUACAGAUCGGUCCUUUUACCUUCCCCUCUUGUCUUAUUCCAAACUGCACAGUUGACUUUGAAUGUGGCAAUGGAUCUCCACCACCGCCUCCACCCCCAGCAUCUCUUCCGCCACCAGCCAAUCAGACUAGCCAUUGUGAUCUUGUUUGGUGUGGUGAUGGGAAAUGUGUGACUAAUGGAACUGGACAUAUCUGCCAGUGCAAUCAAGGCUCACAGAAUUUUCUUAAUUCCUCAGGCCUAGCUUGUUUUAAACCAUGCUACUUUGGAGUUGACUGUCAAGGUCUUGGGUUAGAUCUGCCGCUGGGGCUUACGCAACCACCGCCACCACCGCCGCUGCCGCCUCCGCCGCCGCCAUCUUCUAGUUUGAGCUCAGGUGGCUAUGCAUGUCAAUGUGCUUGGCAACUCUUUGUUGCAUCCAUGGUAGCCCUAGCAGCGGCAUUCCUAUCUGGCUUUUAGAAAAGAAAAAUGGGUAUGCAGACAUUCGACAGUAUAUAUAUCUUGAUAACAUUUUCCCAUGAAUUACUACCACUAUUUUGAAUUGUAUGACAACGGAUCAUAAUGCAAUUUUUGGGGGCUGUUAUGGCCCAACAAAUCCCCUCGCACUUAGCUUUGGGUGCUGGAUUUCUUUA